AUGCGUUGCAGCAGCCGAGUUUCGACUUAUUCAAUCAUUAUGACACAGCUCGUUCUGCUGAAGCUGAAUCAUGAAUGUUUCAUGAGUGCGGCAUGUGUGAGUAGUAGCGGUGUGACCUACAGACCCACACGUAUUUAACACUCUGGAUGGAUUGGAGGCUGUUACCUUGAUUACCUGCCAGUGUGUCAUUAGUUAACAGCAACAGGGCUUCACGGAAAAGUCGUCAUGUCUGUAUAUUUCUCUCAGACUUCAACCUUUAAGCUGCAGACGGACAGAGGGGUCACAUCAAGAGCACGGAUUCGAGGGUGACAAGUGAGAUGAAGGAAGGUGAUGAGACAGGGGGAUUACGCAAGUCAAGUGGCGGGAAAUGAUUACUGUUUGACCUGGGGAAAUGAUUAACUGAAAGCCCAGGAUGAACAUGGGGGACAAUGGAGAGUAUAAGGAAGGACAAGGACACCCAGAAAAAGAAGAAGAAGAAGAAGAAGAAGAAGAAGAGGCGAGCUAAGAGAGAGCAGUAAUAGAAAAAGAGAUUAAUAACAGCAGAGCCAGUGAAGUAACACCUUUUGAGCCCUGAGUGGGGGAGCCACAGACGACAGAGCCGAGACGAAUUGCCACAUUUUUAAUUAAUCGCUAACUCGCUCUCUCUCUUCCUCUCUGCUCACUACACCACACUGCUUGAGCCAGAACAGACGUGUGCUGGCAUAGCAAACAGCGCAAUGAAGGAUUCGUUUCUUUUGCCUCUUUGCUGGGAUUACAGAACUAACAUCCUGACAGUGGUCAUCCUGUCCCAGCUGGUGCUGCGUCGUCAGAAGUCCUCCUACAACUAUCUCCUGGCUCUGGCAGCCGCCGACAUCCUGGUCCUGCUCCUCAUUGUUUUUGUCGACUUCAUAUUGGAGGAUUUUAUUUUGGCCACGCCGCUGCCUCCAUCGCUAAACAAUGCGGUGCAGGUUCUGGAGUUCUCCUCCAUCCACACCUCCAUCUGGAUCACCGUGCCUCUAACCAUUGACCGUUACAUCGCUGUUUGCCACCCGCUGCGCUACCAUACAGUCUCCUACCCAGCCCGCACUCGAAGGGUGAUAUUUGCUGUGUACAUUGGGUGCUUGCUCUCUGCAGCUCCUUAUUACUGGUGGCCUGAGCUGUGGCACAGCCUGCCUGGUGUGAGCAGUAGUGGUGGUGGAGGUGGAGGAGGAGGUGGAGAGGGCAACAGGAGAACCGUGGCCCAGCAUGUCCUGGUGUGGGCCCACUGCGCCACCGUCUACCUCCUCCCCUGCACCGUCUUCUUCUCCCUCAACGCCGUCAUCGUUCGUAAGCUGCGCAGACGCCGUAGCUGCUUCCGUCUGCGCGGCUACUCAACCGGGAAGACCACCGCCAUUCUCCUCGCCAUCACCUCCAUUUUCGCGGUUCUGUGGGCACCUCGUACCCUCAUGAUCCUCUACCACUUCUACUCCCCUCCUCCGGCCUCACAAGGUGCCGGGCGACUGCUCCACAUGCUCACCGAUCUGGCGAACAUGCUUGCGUUGCUCAACACCGGCGUCAACUUCUUCCUCUACUGCUUCAUCAGCAAGCGUUUCCGGGGCAUGGCGGCCAAUGUGCUGCGAGCCCUGGUCCACUGCCGGAAGCAGCCGCCGCCGUUCUACGCCAGCCACAACUUCUCCAUCACAAGCAGCCCCUGGAUCUCACCAGCCAACUCCCACUGCAUCAAAAUGUUGGUGUACCAGUAUGACAAAAAUGGAAAGCCCAUCUGUAUUUCCUCUUGAGUCCUCAGCCACCAGCAGCCGCCCCCCUCCCUCAAUCGUUGGGGGACAUAUUUGGGCUAUGUAUCCUUGGUGACCAGCUUUGCCCGCAUGGGACUCUUUGAGGCUUGAAAAUGUCAACACGCCCUGAGAGGCACAGAGGUGACAGUUUUGCUAGCUUUGAACGAUAACAAUGUGGGAGGCUAGCAAGGUGGAAAAGCAAACAGCAGGUAUUCACAGUAUUCACAAAAGCAGCGACCAGCAUCCAAUAGAUGUUGAUUGUUUCCUCCAUGCAAAAAAAUAAACCUACUGUAAGUGACUGACUGCUGCUGGAGUGAGCGACUCCAGACUCAAAGACUAAUAAAGGGAUAUCACCACCAUUUGUAACAGCGCUAAAGUAUAAACUGACAACUAGAUGCAUCCUUGGUGAGGCAUCAAUCGCCGGGUGGCACUGCGUUUUUUAUGGACGCUUCCUGUUGCACACCACGGACACCAACGGUGAAGAGCUUUGAACAGCUGCGUCUUUGUCCGUUGGGAGUCAUUUCCAGGAAGUAGAUAUCCAGUCAGAGUCUGGGCACUAAAGAUCUCACCUCAAGGUGUUACUCACUCAGGCAGAGCCACCAACCGUGUGUGUGUCCACUGCCCAUAGUUCUGACUGUCUCUCAAGCAAUGUAAAACAGCGCUGUCAUUUCCGGUUUAAUAUGCAGAUGAGUCUCAAAGGCAUGUUAAUUUGGGCUUUUAUUAAAAUGAACAGCCCUCCCUGACUUUCCUUGUGUGUGCUGAGUGAGUUCACCCUAGCAGUGCAGGUCAUCUACAAGUCGGCGCUCGCUAUGGAAGACAAGCGUCCAAGCUCACAGAUUGUCGUAGGAUGAGUAGACUCUCUGCUUAUUGUUGGCUAAAUAUGUAUUAAUGGUAGACUUGACUGUUAUUGUAGCUUCGCAAAAAUACGAGACAAAAAAAAAAAAGACUUGGGAAUAUGUCAGUUUGGCUCCAAGUUGUCAUUAAUCUAGUUAUCACAUUUCCAAUAUUAGGAAGAGGAAAUUUCUGCUAUUAGUAGAUAGUCCUCUAUUAACUAUUAAUGGUCCUUGAUGACUUACUGUUAGCCAUUAUCUGGAUGAAUAUAAUGAAUGUAAGUGAUCAUCUCUUUAACCCUUUAGCUUUCUGAUGGAAUGAGAAAAGAGAGAGAGAGAGAUGGAGAGGACAGAACAAUCUGCUCUCCUUCCCCUUCGGUUUGCUUUUCCCCAUCCAAGGCUUUCUGUCCCAUGAUGCAGCAGUGAAUUUGGUCUCAGGGCCACAGUGACACAUUUCAGCUCUGCUCAUUCUGCUACUGGCUGAUGGCAGUUCAGUAACAUUUUACACCGAAACACAGUCACGUACAUCAACUCUGUCUCAUAAAUGUGAACGCACGCACGCACGCACGCACGCACGCACGCCCACACACACACGCACACACACGCACGCACACACACACUCCGCCGUAUUGCCCACAGAAAAGAGCACAUUGAGAUCAAUGCACAUCCAUUUUGCAGACACCUUGGGGCAUUACCAGUGUUCAUCUAUCUAGAAAGAAUGGAGUUGUGCCAAAGGGCAGAUUUCUGCUAAUACCUGCCUGGAGGGAUCAGACACAUCAUGGCUAUAUUUUAAUGGACAAGACUUUAAAUCGGAUGAAUGUUAGGUGUGUCUUUCACAUCUGAUAAAGUCAUGCCCUCCAAACUCUUGUUCGACGUUUGAGACACUUAAGGGAAUGACUGCGGGUCUGCCGUUGCUUUUUUCUUUCACCAUAGCCACUAUGAAAGCAAAAAAAAGCAGCUGAAAAGCAGGUCAAGGUUUUUACAGUUUUGCUCAUUUUUAAUUUAAUUUAAAUUAACAACCUCUUACCAGCCUCAUUGCUGAGAUAUGGGAAUAUGACAACUUGGUUGUUGAAGAUUGGAGAUGGAGAAGUUUAAUACAACUGAACAGUUUAGGGAUAUUAUCUUAACCCUGUUUCGAAAAUCAGUAAGUGAUUAUUACAGGCAUUUUACAUAUGUUCACCCUUGUUAUUCUAAUUCAAGACAGCAAUCAAUCAUCAAUCAUAUACUGUACAGUACAUACAACACAGCCAUCAAUAGUGUAUUCACCCAUAUGUCUAUGGAUGAGUUUAUCCCACGUUCACAUCAUCAAAUUGGAGUUACUAUAAUUACCAGUUCCAGACAUCCAAGCUGUAACUAUUAACUAACCAACCCUGCAGUAAAUCCAUGCAGAGGGCAAUGUUGGUGGGGAUGUAAUGCUUCAGGUACACCAGUGAGACAUAAAAUACAAUCCAAGAAGUCUGAUUUCAAAAACAUUUGAAGGCUUCCAAGAUGCCAAAAUACUGCACAGCAAUUUAUACUACUCACUUACAGGAUAACAGAAAGUUAUUACAGCGCCAACUAUUUUAUAUUUCCUCACGGCAGUCAUGAGGUAGAAAUAAAUUGUUCACCUCACAAAUUAAUCCACCAGGAAAGGAACAUUUAACAAAUAUAGUGCUUUAUUGUCAAUUCACAGUAUUUUUAACCCUCACAUGGCCGACUCUGCAAACAUAUAACCGUCUUGAGUUGUCGUAAGUCAAAAACAUGGAAAUCUGGUAUGAUUUGAACACAGCAGUAGUAUAUGGUCGUAUGGUUUUAGACCAAUCAAAUUAAACUGUUGUUAGAAAGACAAGUAGAGUCACGUAAUGGAUGUAAGUGAUCCAUAGUCAGAAGAAGUAAUUAGCAUAGAGGAGGUAAAAUGUCCUUCUUACUAUAAGUGUGUAUAAGACUGAAAACAACAACUGUUAUAAAAAUAAAUAUAAUAUCUAUAAUAAUUUAAAAACAACUAGCAAUAAAAAAGCACAUUUAUUAUUAUAAAACAGCACUAUGAAACUCUUGUAUUAGGAACUUCUGCAGGAUACGUUUUGGUCAAACCCGUACUCAGACAGCUGCAAUGUAAAACGGUAAAUUACUGUAAAAGAUCUCAGCAAUAUAACUAAUGAAUAAUUCAGAAGUGACAUUUCCUUCCAUGUCCGGUGUGAGCUACAUUCAAAUUUGAAAGUGCCAUUUUCACACAUUCUGACUGUUAUUUAAUGUGAUAGUCUUUCCAAUUUCUUUUCCCAUCAAGGAUUACUUUAACGAGAGUAAACCUAAUUCCCCAACUUCCAAACUUCUUUCUCACUUUAGUUGUGCACUCUUGCACCAUAACGGGCUCUUCCACUCUAAAAUCCCAUUUCUUUGUUCCUCCACAAAUUGAUUUUCUUCAAAAUUGCAAAGCGAAUGAGGGAGUACUGAUUGCCACUUGCUCUUCACCUCCUUCACUCCUCCCACUCAUCUCUCUUUCCUCCCACUUUAUGUCAAAUGCACUCGCUCAAAGUUAAUUUCACGAGUGUCCUCUGUACUCGUUAACUGAUUAUCUUAAAGUCUUUUGUGUUACAUGUGCCUACUGAGCAUAUUGCACCAUCAUUUCUCAUCAGAAAAUUGAUCCAUGCGGUUAGGGACCUUCAGUUGAAGCUCCUGGAUGUUGAGCAUUUUGUGAUGGAGAUAAACGGCCAGAGGGUCAAUAAUCAGUAAUCACUCAGUGAGCUCCUUGACUCCCACUCCAUUAAUGUCAUGCUCAGCAGGACGUUACAUUUCAUUUAGUGUAAAGGCACUAAAAUAUGUGCUUUAAUCCUAAUCAAUACAGCCUAAUGAUCAGACUGGGAUCAUUAACAAAGUGAGCUAAAAAAAAUGAUUUGGGAUUCAGCCCGAGGAGCUCACGCCAGAUCAAUGUUGCCAUGACAUUCCUUUCACGUGUAAACCCCAUCCAGUGUUUUUCGGCCAUGUUAAUGUGGCAUUUGUGCGAGGACCAGUGCCUCGUUCCCUUGGGGCCUCCAGGGGAAAAAGGCAUGCAUGCUGGGAAACCGAUGAAUGGGUUGAAAGAACGUCACAUGCAGGUGUCGCUUAGUUUCCCACGUGAGGCUCUCAGGAGCAGGUGACAGGGGGUGUCUGUGUGUGAGGGAAGGGGAGGGUGAUGCCAAGAAAUCUUCCCCAUUAUGAGAAAAAUAGAGAUCUCUAUUUUUUUCAGCCAGAUAUUGAAAAGAUAACAAAACAUAAAUCAAUCAGAGGGUAAAAUUAUAUUUUCUCCCUCACACAUCCUGCUCUGCUUCCUCUCCGUCUCUCUCUCUCUAGACUCUACAUUGUGUGUGUGUGUGUGUGUGCGUGUGUGUGUGUGUGUGUGUGUGUGUGUAAGCAUGAAUGUGUGUACAUAAUGUCCGUGUUAGACAGAAUGAAGCUUUAAAAAAGUGUUUGUGCUAUAGGACCUGUAAUGUAUGAAAUCAAAUAUGUAUUUAUACUCAAUCAUGAUGAAUAUAAUUACAUACAGCACAGUAUUAUAAUUGAUAUAUCCAUGAAUGUACAACUGACGCUUCUGGCAUCUUUGUUGGUAUUUUUCUGAUUGUGAUUUUCUACACAAUGACCUUUUUUGAGCAGUCUUUUACCUUUCUCCAUGGCAGUGUUUCAAAACUGUGUUUUUUGAUUGUACUGGAGUGAUUAUAGGCUUGCAUAAUUCAGUUUUCUCCUCCUAAUGAAUGUAUUGACUGUAUAAAGGGUAUGUAUUACUGUGCUGUGAGAAAGUAUGCAGAAACGUAUUGGCUGAUAUUGAUAUUUUUGAUUAAAGAAAUAAAGAACAGUAUCUCUAAGGAUUCAGAUAUA